AUGGGACAUACACCUGUCAGCUACUUUGGAACAACACGGUUGUCCAAUCUGUGGAACUCUGCAAAAGUGCCGACCUUUAAUAUAAAUAGCUUUGACAGCAAGGCAGUCAACGUUGAUGAGAAAUCUCAUGUGGAGAUGAGAUGUUAUUUUGAUGGAAAGCCCAAUCCGAGCAGUCGACUGAUAAAUGCAGCAGAACCUUCUAAGUUUCUCAAUCACAGUGAGCCUGCAGAUGACGAUGUUGGCGAGGAAAGGUCAGGGGAGGUCAGCCUCAGUAUACAUCAAGUACAGUGUCAGGCGUCAGGAGUGUACAGGUGUGAGGUCAACAACAGCAUCGGACAGGAUAGUCAGAGUCGUACACUACUGGUGUCCUGUGCCCCCAGGAGAACCAAUAUCGAUGGGAAUCCUCCAUCUGUCAAUGUAACAAAUGGUUUGGGAGUGCUAACAGUUAACAUGAUGGCUUACCCUACACCACAGAUUAAGUCAUCAACCUAUCUUGGCACAAACGACAGUUCUGGUGGACACCAAGUGAAAGAAAACAGUGUUUAUGCUGCCUGUUCCACUACUUUGCUUGCACCAGCUUUAGUCACCUGUAAUGUCAUAGUCAUCAACAUAACACAUAAUGACGAGGGCUUCUACAGAAUCGUAUUCAGCAACAGUUUAGGAGACCUGCCUUUCACAUUCAUUGUCAAAGUGUCAGAGAAUGACCAGCAGGCCUGGGCGACCACAAAGACAGACGAGAAAAUCGCUGGAAUCGUCGUGUUGGCCGUGAUGUUGUCCGUUGUCGUUGUGUUGAUUCUUGUGACCGUCAUCUGGAUAGAGCUAAUCAAAGAAACACGCAGCAAAACCAAAGAAGCGGCGUUAUAUCAGAACAAUCCUUGA